AUGUCCGACAACGCCCCUCCCAAUGCCGGCAUCGCCCACCGCCGCAGCUCCAUCACCCAGGCUGCCCUCUCCAACCUCUUCCAGCGCGGCCCCUCCAACGCCAACGUUCCCCCGCUCCCUGGUGCCCCCAGCAUGACCGACCCGCGCGGUCGCCGUCUCUCGGUCAGCACCAUUGGCCUCUCUGGCAGCUCUCCCACGAACCCCGCCGCCUUUAAUCGUCGCGAGAGCAUUUCGACCAACUCCAACUCGGGCUCCAUUGACGAAUCCGCCGUCGAGGACGACGAUUUUGUCCCAGGCAGCGCUAGAACCACCCCAAACACGCCCUUUACUCGACGCAUGAGCUUCGGUGCCUCGGCCGGCUCCGGCUCCUUGAGGGGCUAUCGCCCCUCGGGCAGUCCUGGCAACGGUAAUACCAACCCAACAACUCCUCCCACGGCCGGCCAGCAGGGCCUGGCCCAACCCCAGUCGCCCCUUCUCGGCCGUCGUCCCUCGACCAACAAGUCCCCUCCCAUGGCGGCCUCGGCGGGUUGGUCCGUCUCCGGACGCCGCCCAAGCACCGUCCUGUCGUCUUCCCUCCCACAGGCAAGCUUCACCAUGCACAAAAGAGCCCCUUCUGACUAUGCCAAUUCUCGAGCAGACCAGCAAGGCUUCAACUGGUCCGAACAGUUGAGGUCUCGCGCAGAGAGCUCCGUCUCCGCCGCUCGUCCUUCUUUCUCGCUCGCACAACCCCAAUCCACCAGGAUGGUCCAUGACCGCGCCAGGUCCGUCUCCGAGAUGGCCGCUCCUCCGAACCAGGCCCCUGCUCCCAUGCCGCCUCGGCAGGAGAAGCCCAAGCCCGACGCAUUCCAAGAGCGAAUUCUCAAGGGUGAUUUCUACAUGGAUUGA